AUGAUGGAACCUGAGGCCAGAAGAGGAGAAAGGCUCACCUACAGAAAGCCAUAUCUAGCUUAUAUCGAUCAAAUACCUCUAUCCGCAGGCUUGAAGAUGGAAAAUGUCUUCCAUGACUACUACUUUAGAAUUCAGCUAGAGGUCACCAUCAGUGAUCUUGCAGCCCUCAAACAGAGCAAGGAUGAGCCUGCACAGAACUUCGUAACUGGGUUCAGGUAG